AUGUUGUCCUCAUUUAGAGACCCAAUACUGAUCUCAAAGACAGACCUUGUGCUGACCUCAUUUAGAGACCCAAUACUGACCUCAAAGACAGACCUUAUGCUGUCCUCAUUUAGAGACCCAAUACUGACCUCAAAGACAAACCUUAUGCUGUCCUCAUUUAGAGACCAAACACUGACCUCAAAGACCGACCUUAUCCUGUCCUCAUUUAGAGGCCCAAUACUGACCUCAAAGACAUACCUUAUGCUGUCCUCAUUUAUAGACCAAACACUGACCUCAAAGACAGACCCUAUGUUGUUCUCAUUUAGAGACCCAAUACUGACCUCAAAGACAUACCUUAUGUUGUCCUCAUAUAGAGACCCAAUACUGAUCUCAAAGACAGACCUUGUGCUGACCUCAUUUAGAGACCCAAUACUGACCUCAAAGACACACCUUAUUCUGUCCUCAUUUAGAGUCCUAAUACUGACCUCAAAGACAGACCUUAUGCUGUCCUCAUUUAGAGACCCAAUACUGACCUCAAAGACAAACCUUAUGCUGUCCUCAUUUAGAGACCAAACACUGACCUCAAAGACCGACCUUAUCCUGUCCGCAUUUAGAGGCCCAAUACUGACCUCAAAGACAUACCUUAUGCUGUCCUCAUUUAUAGACCAAACACUGACCUCAAAGACAGACCCUAUGUUGUUCUCAUUUAGAGUCCCAAUACUGACCUCAAAGACAGACCUUAUGCUGUUCUCAUUUAGAGACCCAAUACUGAUCUCAAAGACAGACCUUAUGCUGUCCUCAUUUAAAGACCCAAUACUGACAUCAAAGACAUACCUUAUGCUGUCCUUAUUUAGAGACCCAAUACUGACCUCAAAGACAGACCUUAUGCUGUCCGCAUUUAGAGGCCCAAUACUGACCUCAAAGACAUACCUUAUGCUGUCCUCAUUUAUAGACCAAACACUGACCUCAAAGACAGACCCUAUGUUGUUCUCAUUUAGAGUCCCAAUACUGACCUCAAAGACAGACCUUAUGCUGUUCUCAUUUAGAGACCCAAUACUGAUCUCAAAGACAGACCUUAUGCUGUCCUCAUUUAAAGACCCAAUACUGACAUCAACGACAGACCUUAUGCUGUCCUUAUUUAGAGACCCAAUACUGACCUCAAAGACAGACCUUAUGCUGUCCUCAUUGAGAGUCCCAAUACUGACCUCAAAGACAGACCUUAUGCUGAACUCAUUUAGAAAUGCGAUAUUGACCUUCAAACCAGUUACUUGCGUGUUUAAUUUUGUAGGUUGGGUUUAA